GGUCCUGAUUUUGUUGCUCUUGAAAUUCAUCGUCAGGUACGCUCGCGUCCACACUCCUUAUCCUGGACUCGCCUUUUCUCCUAUUCUCAUUCCAGCAUCCAGCCUCAAAUCCUCACUGAUUUUUCCCCCAUUGACAUUCCUCAACCUCUGGUUAGUUUGUGGGUGUCCUGAGCUAACUUUGGCAUCAUUUCUAGGGUUUUAGGUCAUCCAUUACUGUUGUUUUUCUAAUAUUAACAAAAAGGUUCAUUCUUUGUUAAAACCCUAAUCAUAUGUGUGGAUUAGAAUUGGUUUUGGUCAGAUUGCGUGUAAGAAUCAUUUAUCAUUGGUGGAGUUGUUUAGAGUAUUGGGGUUUUUUUUGAUAGUCUGAUCAAUUAUCAUGUUUGUGAGAAGAGUUUUUGGAAGGGCGUUGCUUGCUGCAGCCAAGUCAGAGCCUUCUGCUGCUGGUGCUGCUACAGCUAGGGCAGGAUACAAUCCUCUUGAGGAGUUCUUUGAGGCAGAUAGAAGCCCUGAUGAAGACAAACCUGUUGUCUACGGUCGAGGUUGGAAAGCUUCUGAACUGCGCCUUAAAUCUUGGGAUGAUCUUCAUAAACUAUGGUAUAUCCUUCUGAAGGAGAAAAACAUGCUGAUGACUCAACGCCAGAUGCUUCAAUCACAGAACCUAAGAUUUCCUAAUCCAGAGCGUAUCCCAAAGGUGAGGAAGUCGAUGUGCCGAAUCAAGCAUGUGCUCACUGAGAGAGCAAUUGAAGAACCCGAUCCCAGGAGGUCUGUUGAGAUGAAGAGGAUGAUAAAUGCUUUGUGAUAGCUCCAACUCCCUCUCCCAUUAGCAUUGAUGUGGGUUGGUUGCCUGUAGGCCCUGCGGUAAUGCUGACUAUUUUCAGAUGUAAGACUGCAACACCCUGGUCAUUUGAGGAGUAUAUUCAACUGUUUUGGAAUCCAGGGUCAAAGAUAUGUUACAUGAAUUUAUAGAUGGCUGCAUUUUUGUCAGUGAAGUCAGUAUUAUAAGCAAUAAUGAUUGUUGAACUCAUAAUGUACUCAGCUUGUGUCCAUGGUAGAUUUUUUGGAACAUUGACAUGGAUUACAUGUGGAGAACUCUUGUGAGAAUAUCCCAAUAUGUUAUUAUAGAUCUUUGCAUUAUGUUCACAA